GUGUAAGGAAGAGAGAAUAGGAUGGAAAAGAGGUGUGUGCGCGUGUGAGUGUGGGUGUGCUAUGAGUGGGGGGUGGGAGGGCAGGGGAAGUAAAGCAUAUAAAGACACCUCAUCCUUACACAUGAGGUACUAUUAACACACUGACCCAGCUCAUGCAAACACACACUGACAUACAAGCACCAUUAAAUCAAAUUCAUGCACUCAGAGAGAGGGAAGGGAAAGACAGGGAUUCUCCUAGCAGGUGCCAAAAACUGAGUGAGACGAGAGCGAGAAAGUGGGAUGGAGCACGACUAAAACACUCGUAACGUUUUAGAAGACACUUGAACUAUCUUUGAAUGUUUAGGUGUUUGUAUUUCCAUGCGUUUCUCUACUCCGUCUGUAUUUGAGUGUGUUCAUCUAAAUCCGUUCAGCUAAAUCUGUCCAUACCGGCUUGCAUUAGAGGUGUAUCUGGGCCAAUAUCAUUUGCACAAUGCUGUGCUCCUCUGUAUUUGUGGUGCUUCUAGUCCUGCUGGCACAUCCGGUGCCUGGACAUGCCCGAGCCCUGCACACCCCUGACAAAGCCAUGCAGGUCAUCGAGCAGUUUCUUGAGCGCUACAAUGACCUUUUAAACCUUGAUGAUCUUGAGAACCUCACAAGUGACCAAUCAGAAGAGCCCAUGCAGUCCUUCAGUUCUGGGUUGAAGGUCGCAGAGUACCCCAAGUGGAUCAACGUACCUGUGCAGAGUGAGAAUGCCUGGCUCCGCCUCUUGAAGGGGGCUUUGGCAAAUCAGAAGCAAGCUCCACCAGAUCGGAUGCGGAGGGGUUGGAAUCGAGGCUGUUUUGGCCUGAAAUUAGACCGGAUUGGCUCUAUGAGUGGGCUCGGGUGCUAAUAAUGGACUGAGAGAUGGACCAAGAAGAUAAGAUGACUGUUGUCCUGCUUAGCUUUAGGUAGUGGUCAUCACCAAACUCUGGUCUGGUAUGGGAGUCGGACACCGUGAAAAGAGUUGUACAAACUAGGUGGACAAAUUAAUUAUAUGGUGUAUCUCAAUAUUCAUAUUUGCUACACUGGAUUUGGAGUGACAUGUUGUUUCACUGUAAUUGUAUAUUUAUUUCAUAAUGAAGCUAGUAAGAAUGAAGUAUUUUACCUAGUAGAUGAGUUACAAUGAGCUUCGUUUUGAUAUUCUGCUAUUAGUGAGCAAAUAUCUUAAAAUUAUAGAAAUUCCAGUUUUUAGAAGUUUUAAGGAAAAUGCAUGAUUUACAAAGUACCUCUCACAUUACAUUUCUGUAUAUUUUGCAUGAAUAAAAUUUUUCCUAAAUCAUUUGUUUCUUUUUGCACCCUGCAUGUAUCUCAAUUGCUUUUGCUUUGGAGAACUCCUGUUCUGAAGAUCUGACUCCAUAAAAAGUUCUCAACCCAGGGUGUCUUCCACCAGUUACUACAAGCCUAUUUUUUUCUCAGGAUCUAUUUCUACACAUCAAGUUAAUCUCAAACACUGAGGCAAAGAUGCAUAGCAUCUUAAUUAGCUAUUUAACAAGGACACUGGCUGACACACAUCACAUGGAAAGUGAUAAGGAUAGUAAGGAAUUUAAUAAUUGUUCAUCUGAGUUUCGCACCUUGAGGUCUGGCUAAUAAUAAUAUGAUGUAUUAAAAAAUAUCCAACAAAUACAGAAUAUAAACAGUCUUUUCAAUUAUGAUAUAUUUUCUUUCUAUGACACUGAGGUGGUAUUUUGUAGUGUUACAUACAUCCACAAGCACUGACUCAAUGUUUUGAAUGAUCUUGUGAACUGCAUGAAAAAUCCCUUUUACAUUUCUUGCCUCUAUAUCUUCUCACUGGGAUUUGUUUUUGUAGGUGUUGGGAUUAUAAUCAUGUUUGAAAAAUCGUUCCUAUGUACAGGAAUAAAAUCUA